GUCAACGCGGGUGGUGUGGUGACCACUGGCCGACGCCGUCCGAGCUGGCAAACACUUGAGCUCAUUCGAGGACAUCUCCAAAUAAAAAGCUGCACUUUGGAAGAUUUGGGUUUUUUGGGGGGGUUUUUAGUUUUUUUUGGCCCUCUCAUCAAUGGUCAUUAAAGUGCUGCUUUUUUGCUGCUUCCCGGGUCGCACCAUGCCCCUCUCGAACGCGCUGCGGGUGUACUUGUUUGCGUUGGUGUUCUGGGAGCAAGCCGCGACGCACGGCACCACCGACGAGAUCGACGUGGUGGUGUUUUUGCCCCGAAACGACACUUACCUGUUUUCCCACGCCAGGGUGGCCCCGGCGAUUAUUUCCGCGCAGCUGAAGCUGAAGACCGGCGGAGCCCCCUACUCCGACCUCCGCUUCAACAUCCACUUCGAGAGCUCCGACCGCGUCAACGAUGCGCUCUUCCGCUUGGUGGACAGGGCGCGCGUGCAGAAGCCCGAUCUGAUUUUGGGUCCGGUGCGCGAGUACGAGGCGGCGGCGGUGGUGAGGUUGGCGUCGCACUGGAACAUUCCGGUCAUCUCGGCAGGUGCCCUGGCCGCCGCCUUCGGCAACAAGGGCACCGAAUUCUCCCAUCUGACGCGCAUCGCGCCAUCCUACGUGAAGAUGGCAGAGAGCUUCGGCGCGAUGUUCGAGCACUUCGCGUGGAAGACCGCGUUCCUCAUCUACGAAGACGACAAGGAGCAGCGGAAUUGUUACUUCACCGCGGAGGGGAUCUACCAUCUGAUGAGCGACCUGACCGUCAAGACGUCUGCCUUUUCCCGCGAGGACCCGCUGGACACUGACGACGUCAUCCAAAGCGUGUACGACGCACAAGUGGUGAUCAUGUGUAUGGAAGCCAGCAAAAUUCGAGAAAUUAUGCUCGCUGCACACAGGCAUCAAUUGACCAGUGGAACUCACAUGUUCUUCAAUAUUGAACUCUUCAAUGCAUCCUCUUAUGGCAAUGGCUCUUGGAGGAGAGGAGACAAAUUUGACAAUGAAGCAAGGCAAGCCUAUGCAUAUUUGAACACUGUGACACUGCUUCGAACAGUCAAACCGGAAUUUGAAAACUUCUCAAUGGAAAUUAAAGCGGCCAGUGAAAGUAUGGGACUGCACAACUGCAAAGACUGUGGAAGUGUCAACGUGUUCGUUGAGGGAUUCCAUGACGCCUUGCUGCUUUAUGCCAUUGCUUUGAAGGAAGCUAUGAAAAGUGGAUACAGUAAGAAAAAUGGAUCAGAAAUCACAUCACAAAUGUGGAACAGAACAUUUGAAGGAAUCGCUGGCCAGGUAUCCAUGGAUGUCAAUGGUGACAGAAAUGGAGAUUUCUCUUUGAUGGCAAUGACCAAUGUUAAUACAGGAACAUAUGAGGUCGUGGCCAAUUACUUUGGUGUGAAUGGAAGCUUUCAACUGCUGUCAGCCUUCAACUGUGACCAUUUCACUCUGCAAGGACUCCAGAUAACACAAACAGAGAUAUCAGACACAUCAUGUGGAAUAGGAGUGUCAGCUUUGACUGGAGUCAUAGUGGGAGCUGUUCUUGGAACCGCAAUGCUUGCAGCAUUCUAUUUUUUCAGAAAACAUUACAGGAUUACCAUUGAGCGUCGAGCACACAGUGAAGAGUGUACCACCAGGAAGCACCGCCAGUUACGAGAGGACUCCAUCAGAUCAAACUUGUCAGCUGCUUAGUCUGCAACGGCAGCAAAACUGUCGCCACAAACUUACAUCCCUGUGGCUGGAGAUUAUCAUCACUGUCAGUGGGGAAAUGCUUUUCGAAAUGAAAUGAUUUUUUUGUUUUGUUUUGGGGUGGUGUUGUUUUUAACUGUUAAAUGUUUCACUUUAAAACAUAUUAUAACUCAGGACAACUGUAACUGUCUCAAAGCACCACUUGGAUAUUUCUCUUCACAGGUAAAGAUUUGUAUGGGUGUCCAUUUUAUUCUGGAGGAUUUUUAUAAAGAUUUUGUUUUUGUCAAUUAUACUGUACACUGUAUAAAAAUGGUCGUUGUGGCUGUAAAUAAUGAAUUACAUUAAGAUAUCAAAUGUAUCUGCUGUUUAUUUAGGGACGUUGUGGCAUAAAACUUUUUUUUUUUAAAAAAAACAUAUUUGUUAGCUAAUAGGCACAAUACAUAUGUACGUUUAUACAGUAUAUGUAUAGUGUCAACAUUAUUGAAAGGGAACAUAUAUUUGAAAUUCCAUAUUUGAAUUGCUAGCAUACAGAAUGCCUGCUCAAGUUUCUCUUUUUAAAAGCAGUCCAUUUCCCAAAAUGCAUCGGUGAGCAAAUCGUACAUACAGUUCCGAAAAUUGUGACGCCCCAAUUCUGCUCAUUAACAUUGCCAGUACACCGCCCCCCCCUGCGCUGAGUUUCCCUGCCCAUGACUUGGCAGCCACCCAUUACCUGCACUGCUUGCAGGUGUGCUGGAGCAAAGCUGUCAAACCCAAGGCCCGGGGGCCAAAUCCGGCCCGCCAAGUCAUUUCAUGUGGCCCGCGAAAGCAAAUCAUCUGUGUCCACUUCCAUGAUUCUUGCUCAAAUUCUCAUGAAAUAACAACAGUAAAUGGUAUCGUUGAGGCAUUGCGAGCAUUUUCUGUUUACAGUAGCUUGAACAAUAGUUGAACAAACUUUUAUCCUUGACUUCUGAUUUCAAAACUAGGUAUCCAUCAAUUUGUUGUGUGGAUGUAAUAAUAUUAUCAGGUGACUAAACAUUUUUAUGGUUUCACAGUCAACGGCCCUCUGAGGGAAACCGUGACAAAAAUUAGUUGGACACAACUGUGCUAGAGACAAUCCCAGCUGACUUGGGGCGAGAGGCGUUGUACAUCCCCUGAACUGCUCGCCAGCCAAUCGCAGGGCAGAUAUACUGUAAACCAGGGGUCACCAACGC